UAAAUCACGAUGUCAACGUUGUAAGCAGUGGUUAUAAGUCAGAGUGAGAAGUGCUGACAAUGUGCCGAAGAUAGAAACUUAUGAUCAACGUUCAUACUGUUAAAUAGAUACAUUAUCAAGUUAGUGAUGGUACUUAUUAUCACUGUUUUAACAUUACAAAAAAUUUGCAUUGUGUAAAUGUGGGUGUUUAAAUUUUAAACGUAAUUCAAGCAGUGAGACAUAAUCGUUAAAAAAUAAUUACACUCUUUCAAACAAACCGUAAAUGCGUUGUAAUGUUUUUAGGGCACAUUGGUUAAGUUCAAAUUGUAGGUUACUAAAUGUUUAUAAUAGAAUUUCCAGAAUAAAAUGACUAUUUGUAAACAGUCAUGAAAUCAUGCUAAUGUGGCAAUCAGUUAGUUUCUUUAAAGUGAAAAUUAGCAAGUGCUUUUUAUUAUUAUUUUGUCAUCAUUUUCUGUUAUAUGGCAACAUUUUGUGAUCAUGUGGAUGAAAAUGAAAUCUUGUUGAACGCAGAAAAAAAUAUUCCCAAAAAAUGUAUCACCUGUAGAAAACAAGAUGAUCACUUGAUUAGUAGUGACACCCACAAUAAUCAUUUACUAUCUGUAGGCACUUCAGUUACAAAUGUGAGUGAUCUUGGUGUAGCAAUUGUGUCUGAAAUGGAUGAUCACAUUGAUGUUCUUGAAGAUUCACCUCUCCUAAUUAAUGAAUGUUAUCAAUCUACUGAUGAAUUUCAUUGCCACAGUAUUUUGAUCCAUAAUGAUGAUAAUAGAGCUUGGAGAAAAUUGUUAAUUGCCUCAGUGUUAUGCUUUUUAUUUAUGGUUACUGAACUAAUUGGUGGUGUUAUUGCUGGUAGUCUUGCAAUAAUGACCGAUGCAGCCCAUCUUUUUUCAGAUUUUGUUGGUUUUUUAAUAUCCCUUUUAUCAAUUUGGAUUGCCUGCAAGGCACCCACCAAAAAUAUGACUUUUGGUUAUCAUAGAGCUGAAGUACUUGGUGCUUUUUUGAGUGUCUUAACUGUAUGGUUGCUAGCUGGCGUUUUUGCGGUUCUUGCAAUAAACAGAAUUUGGAAAAAAGAAUAUGAUAUUGAUGCAGAUACAAUGAUACUUGUAGCUUCAUUAGGCCUUAUUGUAAAUAUUUUGAUGGGAGCUGUUCUUUAUGGUUUUUGUCAUAACCACAGUCAUGGUCUGAAUCAGACUACUCAAGUGGAUCAGAGUAGUUCAAAUAUAAAUGUAAGAGCAGCCGCUGCUCAUGUUUUAGGUGAUCUAUUGCAAAGUUCUGGUGUAUUAAUAGCAGCAAUAAUUAUUAAAGUUUUUCCAAAUGCUAAAUUAGCAGAUCCAAUUUGCACACUAUUAUUUUCUGCUGUGGUAAUUUGCACAACUGCCAAAGUUGCAAAAGACUCCAUUUGGUUGCUACUAGAGGGUAGUCCAAAAAACACUGAAGAUUUAGCAUUUGAAUUACAAAGGAUUUCAAAUGUUAGGCAUCUUCAUAACUUGCAUAUCUGGACACUUUCUCCUGGACGAGAUGCAGUGUCUGUUCAUUUAUGUGUUGAUAAAUACUGUGAUCGAGACCUAAUUCUUAAGAAAGCUACUUCUCUUAUUAAGAGCAAAUUAAAUGUGAUAAGUUGUACAAUUCAGAUUGAAACAUACAGUUCAGAAUUAAUUAAUUCCUGCAAAUACUGUCAGGCUGUUCCUUGUUGAUGGAUUUAGGAUUGGUGUUGAACUAAAAGUUUUGAUGCUGUCAAUAUCAAUAUAAAAUUUUACAGUUUCUUAUAAAGUUACAAAGACUGUACAUAAUAAAUAGGUUCUGGAAGAAGAAACAUUUGCCUUUUGAAAUUUCUAAUGUUCCGUGUAUAGCACUUUUCACUUCAGGCAAGAUAAUUCAUGUUAAAGCAGAUAAUGCAGUUUAAUUGUAAGAUGUUUUAUUGCAAGUGUUUCUACUUAAACUGUAACAGUUUUAUAAUACUGAAAUAAAUUUACACAAUUUCCA